AUGUUGCCUCAAUUAAAAGAUUUCAAUUGGUAUAUCGACAUGAAAUUAGUUCCAGGUGUGAAUGGUCAACGUAUUCAACAGCCAUCUUGCGUUCUUUCAUUAGAUGUCAAUGAUCCCACGAAAUCUGCUAAUGAAAACGAGCAAACAGUUCAAAUUGAAUUAUCCAAGGAGACUCUUAAUCUAGUCUUAGACAAUUUCACUCGUAUUCGCGAGCAAUUGAAUACAUUAGCCAAAAGAGAAUAA